GGCGCUGGCCCGCCAUGGUGCGGUCGGCGAGCCUUGCGCGGCCCCGCUGAGCCUCCGUGCGGCGGCGAGCCCGGCUCGGGGUCACCAUGCCUACCCGAGUGUGUUGCUGCUGUUCUGCUCUGCGUCCUCGCUACAAACGCCUGGUGGACAACAUAUUCCCUGAAGAUCCAAAAGAUGGCCUUGUUAAAGCCGACAUGGAGAAAUUGACAUUUUAUGCAGUAUCUGCUCCAGAGAAACUGGACCGAAUUGGUUCUUACUUAGCAGAAAGGUUGAGCAGGGAUGUUGUCAGACAUCGUUCUGGGUAUGUUUUAAUUGCUAUGGAGGCUUUGGACCAGCUUCUUAUGGCUUGCCAUUCUCAGAGCAUCAAGCCAUUUGUGGAAAGCUUUCUUCAUAUGGUAGCAAAGCUGCUAGAAUCAGGGGAACCAAAGCUUCAAGUUCUUGGAACAAAUUCUUUUGUCAAAUUUGCAAAUAUUGAAGAAGACACGCCAUCCUAUCACAGACGUUACGACUUUUUUGUAUCUCGCUUCAGUGCCAUGUGUCAUUCCUGUCAUAGUGAUCCAGAAAUACGAACAGAAAUCCGAAUUGCUGGAAUCAGGGGUAUUCAAGGAGUGGUUCGCAAAACAGUUAAUGAUGAACUUCGGGCUACCAUUUGGGAACCCCAGCAUAUGGAUAAAAUUGUUCCAUCCCUGUUGUUUAACAUGCAAAAGAUAGAAGAGACUGACAGCCGCACAGGUCCUCCUCCCUCCCCUCCUGCCACUGACAAAGAAGAGAAUCCCGCUGUGCUGGCCGAAAACUGUUUCAGAGAACUGCUGGGUCGAGCAACUUUUGGGAACAUGAACAAUGCUGUUAGACCAGUUUUUGCGCAUUUAGACCAUCACAAACUAUGGGAUCCCAAUGAAUUUGCAGUUCACUGCUUUAAAAUUAUAAUGUAUUCCAUUCAGGCUCAGUAUUCUCACCAUGUAAUUCAGGAGAUCCUAGGACACCUUGAUGCUCGUAAAAAAGAUUCUCCGCGGGUUCGAGCAGGUAUCAUCCAGGUUCUGUUAGAGGCCGUUGCCAUUGCUGCUAAAGGUUCCAUAGGACCCACAGUGCUGGAAGUCUUUAACACCCUCCUGAAGCAUCUGCGUCUCAGUGUUGAAUUUGAAGCAAAUGAUUUACAGGGGGGAUCCGUAGGCAGUGUUAAUUUAAACUCAAGUUCCAAAGACAAUGAUGAGAAGAUUGUGCAGAAUGCUAUCAUCCAAACAAUAGGAUUUUUUGGAAGUAACCUACCAGAUUAUCAGAGGUCAGAAAUAAUGAUGUUCAUUAUGGGGAAAGUACCCGUUUUUGGAACAUCCACCCAUACUUUGGAUAUCAGUCAACUAGGGGAUUUGGGAACCAGGCGGAUUCAGAUAAUGUUGCUGAGAUCUUUACUUAUGGUGACCUCUGGAUACAAAGCAAAGACAAUUGUUACUGCACUGCCUGGAUCUUUUCUGGAUCCUUUGUUAUCACCAUCUCUCAUGGAAGACUAUGAACUGAGACAGUUAGUCUUGGAAGUCAUGCAUAAUCUCAUGGAUCGCCAUGACAAUAGGGCAAAACUUCGAGGGAUCAGAAUAAUACCAGAUGUAGCUGACCUAAAGAUAAAAAGAGAAAAAAUUUGUAGACAAGAUACAAGUUUCAUGAAAAAGAAUGGGCAACAAUUGUAUCGGCACAUAUAUUUGGGCUGUAAAGAGGAAGACAAUGUUCAGAAAAACUAUGAACUACUUUAUACUUCUCUUGCUCUUAUAACUAUUGAAUUGGCCAAUGAGGAAGUGGUUAUUGAUCUCAUUCGAUUAGCUAUUGCUUUACAGGACAGUGUAAUUAUCAAUGAGGAUAAUUUGCCAAUGUUCCAUCGCUGUGGGAUCAUGGCUCUGGUUGCGGCGUACCUCAACUUUGUAAGUCAGAUGAUAGCUGUCCCUGCAUUUUGCCAACAUGUUAGCAAGGUUAUUGAAAUCCGAACUAUGGAAGCCCCUUAUUUUCUACCAGAGCAUAUUUUCAGAGAUAAGUGCAUGCUUCCAAAAUCUUUAGAGAAGCAUGACAAAAAUUUAUACUUUUUGACCAACAAGAUUGCAGAGUCACUAGGCGGAAGCGGCUAUAGUGUUGAGAGAUUGUCAGUACCAUAUGUACCGCAAGUAACAGCUCUCUUUCCUUCAGGCAGAAAACCUCAUAAACCCAGGCACAAGCACAAAGAUGAAGAUCGACUUUCUAGAAGAAAAAGUAUUGUGGACACCGUAUCCAUUCAGGUGGAUAUUUUACCCAACAGCAUUCCUUCUGAUGACGUGGUUAAUAACACUGAAGAAAUCACCUUUGAAGCGUUGAAGAAAGCAAUUGAUACCAGUGGAAUGGAAGAACAGGAAAAGGAAAAGAGGCGUCUUGUGAUAGAGAAAUUCCAGAAAGCACCUUUUGAAGAAAUAGCAGCACAGUGUGAAUCCAAAGCAAAUCUGCUUCAUGAUCGACUUGCUCAAAUACUGGAACUCACCAUACGCCCUCCUCCCAGUCCAUCAGGAACACUGACCAUUACUUCUGGGCAUGCCCAGUACCAGUCCGUCCCAGUCUAUGAGAUGAAGUUUCCAGAUCUGUGUGUGUACUGAGUGGCUCACGAAGAUCUCAUUGUAGGAUCUAAAGCCGAAAAAUUAAGGCCGUGCUGAGUUUUCAGAGUUUACUUAAUGCGUAUUAACAUAAUUCUUGAGAAUAACAGUGAGACUUCUCUUCAACCAAAUGCUUGGCACAUACCACAUUAGAAAUGGUGGAGCUGUCUAUGAUUUAGAAUACUUUUAAAGAUGGAUUUCUGCCAUGAUCAUUUCUUUUGCAGUUCCUGUUGGCUUUCAAAGUUGGACAUAUAUUGAUGUCCCAUUAUUCCAUAGUUAAACCGUAUAUUUUAAACUUUUCACAAACAGGUAAUUUUUUUAAAAUAUUAUGCCUCCAGAGGGUUGAAGAUGUGUCAGGUAUCUACUGUAUUUCUUAAACAUCUACACAACUGCUUAGAAAUAGAAUUGCUUUUGUGUUUGGUUAUCUGCAAAAGCAAAUACAUACAAAUAUAUUGCUAAUCUUGGGGCUGCAAAACUGUUCUGUGGCUUGUUGUCCCCAGGUUUUAGAUGUUGUGAUCUAUAACAACAUGUAAUAGGCAUUCCUCAACUUGUUUAUGGUAAUGAGACAUCUGUUGAGUAAUAUUCCUAGAAUAUGACCAACCCCAAAAUUGCCAUACUUAAAAGUGUCUAGUUCUUGUAAUACUGUGUUUUCUGCCAAGAGUUUGACCAUUCUACUUGAGAGAAGCUUGUUACUCUUGGUGUUCCAAACUGUGCAAUAUUUUUUUACAUCAUAAGAUGUAUUAGUUUACAGACUAUACUUUGAAAUUAUAGUAAUAUUUUGCUGUGGUUCCAUUAAUUAAAUCAGAUCUAUAUUUAGUGUAGGAAAAAAAAGACCUUUAAAACAGCUACUAGUUCACCUGUGAAGACUGUGUACAUUUUGAGUUCUAUCAAAAGCACAUUAUUUGCAUUUUUAUAUUGUGCAUUGUUUAAAAUCUUCAUAGAGAAUUCUCCAGAUGGACUUCUGAUUUGUAAGAUUUGAACUGUUAAGUUGUAUGCAUCUGUUUAGGAUUUAUUCUAUUACAUUUGAAAAGAAUGCCUGUGGGUUUAGCAAUCAAGUGUGCUGAGGAUCGUCAGUUGUGAGCUCUGUUGAUUUAAGCUACCAAGGUCAUGUAUGUACCCUAUACAAGUAUGGUACAUACCUGUAGUGUUUUCUUAAAAUUAUGUGCAUUUUAGUGAAUUCCAUCAAACAGCAAAAAUGAACAACUUUCUUUGCAAGUCUUAUAAAAUUCUCAUAGGACAUUUUUAUAGAAUAACCUCUUUAUAAUUGUAUUGCCUCUUCAGAUUCAGUUUCUUUUUACAAAGAGCAAAAUACAUAUCAAAAAUUGUAGCUCAAAAACUAAUUCAGUUUUUAGUUUUUGUUUUUGUUUGAAAACUUACAGUGAGAUUGGCAGGUUGUAAGUUCAUGUUUAUGAUUAUUAGGCACCUGUACAAUAAACAGAAAGAAGUCACGAAGUGACAAAAGAAAAAGCAUACCCCAGAUUUUUUAAAGAACUGAAUUACUACAUUAUCUUGAAACAUCUUGCAAAAGAUCCUAGUCAUUAAAACCCAUAAAAUGAUACGCAGCCCUCCUGGGCAGUGUGUUAAAUGUAGGUAAACGAGACUUUGUUUUCAGAAUAAUACUGCAGGUAUUACUGGCCUUCAUGCAGCUGUCACUGUAACUUUGCCUCUUGAUUUUGGGUAAAAUGCGUCCUCAUAUGACAGGUCAAGUUUUCUGUUUUUUUCUUUCUUUUUUUCUUCUGUAUUUUUAAAGAAGUAUAUUAAUUUUUGUGCAUUUAAAAAAAAAUCUAAGCAGGGGGACAUUCAAAAACAAUCAUCAUCCACUUGGAUGUCAUUUUAUAGAUUAACACUGUGUGCUUUUGUAUGAAAAAAUAUAUAAUUUAAUAGUAUAAGUAAAGGAGAUCUAUAUUCACUUGCACUCAUACAAACUUUACAAAAUUUCCUGUUUUUCUGUAGUUUAAAAAAUGCAUGUAUUGCAUGUCAAGGAAAACCAUUUGAAUUAAUGUUUAUCACAUCUUUCUCUUGGUCAGUUUGUAAACUGUUGUGUGGGGUUUGCAGGUUUUUUUCUUGUUGUUGUUGUUGUUUUUAAAUCACAGUAGACAUCUAUAUAUUCUGGAUGACUGAACUGGUCUUGUUAGUAAUGAUUCCCAAGAAGUGGGUCUUUUCUUUGGUUUGUCCUUUUCAGGAGAUUGCAGGACUCCUGCUGGGUAAUGGCUAUGUUCCGUUUAUAGCCAGUUUGGAGACUGAAAGUUUAGGAUUUGCUGAAGUUCACCGUAUGGCUAUAUUUUUGUAGAUAUUUAAAACUCUUAAUAAACUGUUACUCAUUCUCUUUAUGCUGCA